AUGAUAACUUACGUUCAUGAAUGCGUGAAUACCUCUUGGAGAAAUUACAAGAACCGGUUGCAUUUAAAGUAUGUUAAGGACAAGGAUCCUGUAGCUGUGAAGUCAUCUCCAGCCCCUGUUGGUGUGCCUAUAAAGGAUUGGAUACUCUUUGUGGAUCAACGUAAUACAAAUGAAUUUAAGGAAUUAAGUGCAAGAAAUGCAUCCAAUCGGGCCAAACAAGUUGGCCCUUCUACACUUCGGCAGCGUAGCAUGGCUGUCAUAUGCCAUCGGAUGUCAUUUAAUUCCAUUACUAAUGUGUUUUGGCAUGUAUGUAAUGUGGAAAAGGUAAUUGAGAGGAAUCUUACUAGUGAUGUCGAGGUUGGUAGGGCUGAUGUGUACAUCAGAGCCCAUACAACAAAUGAUGACAAAUUACAGUUUUCCGAAGCCUUUGAAAAAACAAAGUCGAUUCAGAGUAGUAAUCCAGCAUCUCAGAUGACCAAUGUAGAUGAUGCCCUUACACAGUCAAUUGGGAGUGAUAGUAGAGGGCACAUGCGGGGUAUAGGUGGAAAUGUAGGCAAGAUUGCAUUGAGGAAGACAAUCCCUAUUAUAGAUAAGCUCAAUAUGGUGACACAAGAUCGAGAUAAUUUGAAGGAGGAAGUAAGUGAAAUGAAGAAAAGCCUAGUAGACCUCCAUAUGAAGGUUAAUUAUAUUGUAGAAAAGCAAGGGGAACAGGGGGUUGUGGAUCCACCGACAAUACCUCCAUUUAAAUCUAGUCGUGCCUUGUUACCUGAUUUGAUACAUAUUGGCAAGAGAUGCGAUCUUUGCAAUUGGAAGAAAUGGGUAGUUGCUCGUGGUGAGGUGCAUGAAGUUGAUCUAACUGCCCAUGUCCAUGGAGCGGAUCUAGGCGAAGGAAAUUUUAGAGUUGUCUUGAUCGAGAUUAAAGCUUCGCACACAGAGUUGUGGAAGGAAGAUGGUUAUCAUCAUACACUUGGAGAGGUCGGCAUAGGAGGAUUUGUUAUUUGGCCCAAGCUAUUUCUAACCAUCUAUCCAUGAUGUUUAUAAUUAGACAUUACAAAAACUGAAACAAUUUACUUUUAUUUUCAAACUAUACGGUAACAUAGACACUUAUCUGAAUAUUAUGGAAUGGAAUGUAUUUAACUCUUACAUCAGAUUACACACACAUAUAUGGAAUGGUAUGGAAUGCAUUUAUCACUCACAUUAGAUUACACCCACAUAUAUGGAAUGGAUUUAGCACCCACGUUUAUGCUUUGAUAUAUUUGUUUGGCAUUUCAACCUCCCUUUGAGGAAUUGAAAGAUUUGUAAUAAUUUUUACUUUUAG